AAAUCCUGGCGUGACGACCAUUAGCGAAGUGCGCUCGUGUGACAACGCGUAACGGAGGCUAUAUACGCGACGGACUCGAAGGGCCUUCAUAUGUGCUGACUCGACAUUCUCGUGUUACAUUUCGUCCUGAGUGAGCGCAUGAGGUAGCACGAUAAGAUGCCCAAGUAUUGGUUUAUUGCUUUCCACGCCAUCUUUCUCAUCGUGCUGGCCAACAGUAGGCACCAUGGCGGACGCCGGGGAGCCCACUACGAGGAAGCCUUCGACUGUGCUCAGAUCGUGGCGGACUACCUGUCCAGCUCGGACAAGCUAAAGAGUUACGAAGUCCAAGAAUAUUCGGAGAGCUUGGAUGGUAACACACUCGACCUCAAGAAAGGUUUCCUCACCGGCUUUACCGACAUCGAAGCGGUGCAAGCAGAUCUCUACGAUACUGGGAACGCCUACGAGCUGUCGAUGGUCCUGGAGGUGCCUGAACUGGAGCUGAGCAGCUACAACUUUUUCGAGUGCUACGACGGCAGCUACGACUGGCUUCAUGUCAACGUCGCUGCUAAGAAUGCACGCUUCCGUCUGGGAUUACGCUACAACGAAUUCGGCCUGCUGGAAGUGUUCGACAGCGUUUGCGAAGGGUUUGACAAAGUUAAGGUGUACAUUGAUGAAGAGGAGGUGCAUCCUUACGAGGACGUUGUUUCAGAACUGAGCAGGAAUAUUUUUGAAUCUGUACUCAGCGAAACCGUACCCGAGGCUUUCGCAUUGGUAGGGACGGAGGGUGAACUGGGUGAUAUGCUAAUUGACGACUAUUACAAGUAACGAGGGGAGGCAAACAUAUCACAUUUCAGUUCACCAAUGUUAUUACUAAUAAACACGGUAUUAUUGCUCGUUA